UAUAUAUAUAUAUAUAUAUAUAUAUAUAUAUAUAAACAUAUAUUUAUUUAAUAUAUAUUCAACGCACUUCAGGAAGUCGGGCCACGUCCACGGCCCCCAAAGACUCAACGCACCUGAAACAUUUAUGCUGCAUCUAGUCGAAUGUAUCGUCAGAAGUCUACAGGUUAACAGGUGUUCCUAAGCCGCUUGAUGAAUAUUGGCCACGAAAAGCAUCCGCACUUUCAUCCGCAUCCUCAGCUGCAGUCCAGCAGUCGCGCCGCAGAAGCGGUCAGUCCGUCGAGGUCCUACCUGCCCAACCGCCACCCCCUGUCAGGCCAUGAGCGGCCACAGCCCGCGCACCCCCACCAGCACCACCCCCCGCACCUGCCACAGCCGCCCGCCGACGAGCGGACAGGAGCGGACCGCGACCGUGACCGCGACCGCGACCACGACCACCUGAGUUCCGAUUCCGGCCCGAUGGUGAUGACCCCCAGUCGCCGCAGCUCGCCGCCUCUGCCGCCGCUGCCGCUGUCUCACCCCCACGCCCACGCCCACCCGCUGCCCCUGGCGCUGCCGCUGCGCCACCCUCUCGCCCUGAAUGCGGGCGCCGGCGGCCAGCAGCACUCGCCGUCCCGCUCGCACUCCCACUCCAGCCAGACGCCGGCGCAGUCGAUGAGCGCCCACUUCUCGCAGCUGGCCCAUGCCCAGCUGCAUCUGCAGAGCCAGCUGCAGCAGAAAUUGUCUGCCAGCCGGAGCAGUGCUGGAUCUGGAUCCGGAUCCGGAUCCGGAUCCGUAGUGGAAGCCUCGCCGGACCAUCUGAAUCCGUUGAACCCUCUGAGCGACCUGCAGAACAUGCAGCCAUUUGACUUUCGAAAAAUCAGCUCGGCGGCGCUGGGCGCCUUCACCGGUCCGCUGCCGCUGCCCCCAAGUCCAACGGAGUUUGGGGGGCACCACCACCAGCAGCAUCAGCAGCAUCAGCAGCAUCAGCACCACCUGCACCGCAGCAACCAGUUCUUCAACGCAAUGGCCAUGGCCUACCACCUGCCGCCUCCGCCACCACCGCCCGAGUCGAGGUCACCACCACUGCCGCCGGGAGUGGCCCAGUACCCGCAUCAAGUAUCGGGAUCCGCUGCCGAGGAGUCCACCGGCAAGCGGGCCAGCGACAAGGGGUCCGUCUCGGGCUCCGCCCCCAACUCAGGCUCCAACUCCGGCGCGGGAUCGCAGCGCAUGACUCGUUUGGCGUUGUCCUCCAACAUGCGCGCCAGCCGGAAGACGCACUCGCCGGGCGGAAACGGGGCAGCCGGAGGCGGUGGCGGGGGCGGUGGCGGGGUAGGGGGCGGGAAGCGCCAGUGGGGCUCCAUGCCCGCCAAUCUGGGCACCCAGUUCAUCAAUCCCGUCACGGGCAAGAAGCGGGUGCAGUGCAACGUCUGUCUGAAGACCUUCUGCGACAAGGGCGCCCUCAAGAUCCACUUCUCGGCGGUGCAUCUGCGCGAGAUGCACAAGUGCACCGUGGACGGCUGCAGCAUGAUGUUCAGCUCGCGCCGCUCGAGGAACCGGCACAGCGCCAACCCGAAUCCCAAGCUGCACUCGCCACACCUGCGGCGCAAGAUCUCGCCCCACGACGGUCGCAGUGCGCAGCCGCAUCCGCUUCUGCUCCAGGCGCCCAAUGGACUCAUGGCCGGAUUGGCGCCUUUCGGCAGCUUCCCGCUGCUGACGCCGCCGCCGGACCUGCGCCACCACGCGAUGGGAUCGGGGACAGGGGGUGGCGGGGGCGGAGUCGGAGUCGGAGUCGGAGCCCUGGAGCUGAAACACGGUCAGGACUACCUGCAGCGGUCGUACUUGGACGCCGGUCGCUUCGAGGGACAGCGGCGCAAGCUGACGCUGGAAAACGAGCACACCGAGGACGAGGACGACGACGAGAUCCUCGAGGUGGGCAUCCAUAUGGCCGGCGACGACGACGACGACGAGGCUGACGCCGACGAGGAGGACGACGACGAUGACCCCGAUGGCAUCGUGGUGGUGGGCGACGAGCUAGACAGCAUUCCGCUGGACCACGAGAACGACAAUGAGAACGACGAGAGCGACGAGCGCUCCACGUCGGCGGUGUCCAGUUUGAGUCAAACCAAAGAGCAACCCAGUCCCGGCAAGGCCGUUCAGUCCGGCCUUGAGGAGUGCCACACGCAUGCCCAUGUCUAUGCCCAUGCCCACUCCCUUGGGCAUUCCCACGACCACGCCCAUGCCCAUGCCCAUGCCCUGGCCCAAAUGGCGGCCAAUAAACGAAAGCGCAAGAGCCAAAACCCAGUGCGUUGUCCGGUGCAAUCAGACGAGAACUCCGGUGAGAACUCAGUGGACUACGACGUGGCCGCUGAUCUGUCCAUAAAGAAGGUGCGUCUGCCCGCGCAGGCCGCCGCAUCUGCCAAAGAAACGGAGGUGGGCGAGUCAACCAAGUCGAUACCCUCGCCACCACUCACGCCGUACGGUGAUCUCAGGCCGGUGGGUCUCUUCAUCAAGACGGAGAAGGAACCGGAGCAGGAACCGAAGCAGGAAACGGAGCAGGAACCGGAGCAGGAACCGAUGCAGGAAAAGGAGACGGAUCCGGAUCCGGAACUCAAUCUGGAACAGGGUGAGGGUGGACGAGAGGAACAGGAGCAGGAAAUCAGGUCAGCUGGCAAGGUUGCGAAUGCAGAUGCGGAGGAGCAGGCCGUGGACACCACCCUGGAUCUUUCUCGGGCAGCGGCCGCCAUUAAGUUGGAGCCCCUGGAAGAGAUUGGCUACGAGGCGGACGAGAAUCGCUAUGUGCGCAUCAAGCAGGAGCUAAUGGGUGGCGAUGAGUCCUUGGCGGGGGAGGAGGAGUGCAACGCCAACACAGCCACCCACAACAAUAACAAUGUGCGCAGGCAGAGUGGGAAUGGAUUGGGCUCUCAAGAGGCAGACGCGCGGGAAGCGGAAGCGGGAGCGGGAGCGGAAACGGAACCAGAACCGGAUCCGGAACCGGAACCAGAGCCCGAACCGGAAACGGAGGUGCCCGAGGUGCCGAUUGACCAGGAGAACCCGCUCAAGUGCACCGCCUGCGGCGAGAUAUUCCAGAACCACUUCCACCUGAAGACACACCAUCAGAGCGUGCACCUCAAGCUGCACCACAAGUGCAAUAUCGACGGCUGCAACGCCGCCUUUCCCUCGAAGCGCAGUCGCGAUCGCCACAGCUCCAAUCUGAACUUGCACCGCAAGCUGCUGUCCACCAGCGACGACCACGUGCUGCUCCACGGCGGACCCGGCCUGUCCACGGAUCCGCUGCUGGAGCUGAUGAGUCUCAAUUUAAACAACAACAAGGGUAGCGGCGGAGUCGGGGGCGGGGGGUUUGGCCACUCCACGUCAUCUGCCGGCGUAGGCGUGGGCGUGGGCGUGCCUCCGGCGGUGGGCAGCAUCCAGGCGGAGAUCCUCGCACGCAUCUGCGCCGGAGCCCAUGCCCACGGGCUGAAUGUGCCGCUCUGCUUCGAGGCGCUGCAGCACCGCUUUGCAGUGGGUCAUGGCCAAGCCUACCCGCUGGUGGACGGAUCCGCCCCCAAUCCCCGCUUGCUGCAGCUCAGCAACGGUGGCUCCAAUCCGGCGCUCCUGUUCGCCGGACUACCGCGCAUGCCGCGCUUUCCCCAGCUGACGCCCCACAUGCUGGCCGCCGGAGCAGGUUCCGCCGCUGGGGGGCUGAGCCCCUUCUGUCGACGCACUUCCUCCGACUCGAACUCCCAGCACUCGGUCACGCCGCCACCGCCGGCGCCAAAGAGGUCCCGCUCGCGAUCAGCAUCACCGGACUGCAUCCAUCCGCAUCCACAUCCGCAUCCGCAUUCGCAUUCCGUUGAGGCGGCAAUGGCAAUGGGCAUUGGCGUGGGCAUGGAGGAAGCGGGUCAGCGGCAGAGCCCCGAUCGCAUAUCAUGACCAUGUACCUCGUACUAUGCCAAGGCGUUGGCAUUUUAUCACUAAGAGCCCUUAUGUCAUGCAGCGCACACACUUUGAAAGUCAGAUGCAGAUAUAGAUAUACAAAUACAUAGAUGCAUUGCUCAUGCUCACGUCGAGGAUCGAGGAUCGAGUAUCGAGGGUCGAGGAUCAAUGAUAAGGAUGCCGCUCAUAAACACGAAAACACUUUCACUUAGGCUAAUGCUAAAAUAAAAUAUUAGAUGGAUCAACUAGCAUUUUUUUUCUAUACUUAAAUAUACAUACAAUAUAUAAAUACAUAUAUAUAUAUAUGUAUGUAUAAUAUAUAUAUAUAUAUAUAUGAGCCCCUUUUUUUUUUAAUUGUACUUAUGAAAACUGAUGUUUUGUGUACAAGUGUCGUGUUGUAGAGAAUUAAUAAAUUGCAAAGAAAUAACAAGUAAAUAACUAAUUAAAUAAAUAACGAUACAUAUUGUUAGUGAUACUCGAUUAUGUAAGUUAUAAUAGCCACUAAGCAGAGCCUAACUGGUAUCGUAAGAAUUUUUUUUUUUAUUCUAACUAAAAACAUUAAGUGAGUUGUAUAUGAUAUGCCGAUGGCAGUGGCGAAGCAAAAGAAUGAGUCUGCAACGAGGAAACGCUUGAUAGGAGGAAUCGAACAAAUUUAAUUGCAGGUUGCCCAGGAUCACUCAAAAAUCCUCAAAAUCCAAAUCGAUCCAGUUUUGUUGUACUUUUUAUUACAAACAAAUCCUAAAGUAAUUAUGUAGUCGGUUAGUUAGUUCAGAAACAGUAACCAGACAAAUACCUUCAACUCAUAUUUAAGCUAUAUAUGUUUGCAAUAAAAUAUCGGAAAAUUCUUAAAA